AUGCGCUCAAAAGGCCAGCGCGGAGGCCGCGAUACUGGCGCUGCCCCGCCCGCUGCUUUUGGCCGCCGGCUGCCUGGCCGCGCUCUGCGUGACGGGCGCGGCUCAGAACACCACGCUGGCCCCGAACGUGACGGGCGCGGCUCAGAACACCACGCUGGCCCCGAACGUGACUACACCCUCCGCUUUACCGACUACCACCAGGACAGCCCCGGUGCCGCCGCCGCUCCGCCGGGCACCACUCCAGCACCAGAAAUCUGUGAAAGCCGCAACAACGGGGUUUCCUGUUCUGAUGCUAAUGCUGCUAACACUACCUGCUUUUGGAUAAAAUGCAAAGGUAAAGGCUACUGUUCAGAUAAUUCAACAGUUCGUGAUUGCAAGGUGGUGAACAGCACAGAAUUCUGUCCUGCGUCCACUGCCACACCAUUGCCAACCAAUUCUACAGCUAAAACCACCACUCUGCCUUCCUCUUCUACAGCUUCCACCUCAGCUACUACAUCAGGUACAACUGAUACCACUUUAACUCCGACUUCACAACCUGCGCGGAAGUCUACCUUUGAUGCAGACAGUUUCAUUGGAGGAAUUGUCCUUGUCUUGGAAAACAGAUGCCACACAGGGAAUUACAUUCCAGAUUUAAAGAAAUCAAUGGAAAGGAUACAAAACAUUAAAGUGUAG